AUGAACAAUACAGACGACGAUACCGAAAUUCUUCAAACAUUUGCAAGUCGAUUAUUUUGGCUUAUUUUCUUCUGUCCAUUUUCUGUCAUAUCAUUAUUUUUCUUCUACUUUUAUUUUUAUCAUAUUUGUCGACACUAUAAAGUAUUAUUUCGAAAAAUAAAUAAUCAUACCCUUUUAUGUCUAUUAAUUACUGGUUAUCUAGUAGUUCAAACUGAAUUACCAAUGACAAUUGGUUUUCUUAUAAGAAAUCGAGUUCUAAUAGAAACAAAAAGGUUUUGUAUAUUUUGGAAUUAUUGGUAUUAUGUUUGGACUACUAUGUCAAUUCAAUUUACAAUGUUAACAUCUAUUAAUCGAUAUUUACUUAUAUUUCAUAAAGCAUUUCUAAUGAAAUAUAAACUAUACUGUCAUUUUUUACCCAUGAUUUGUAUUUGGUUAUAUUUACCUUGUCUUCAUUUAUAUUUUAUUGUAUUUUUUCCUUAUAGUAAUACUACAUUUGAUUAUUCUAAAGUAUGGUGUAAUGGGCCACAGUUUUUACUUGUUACCUUUUAUGUUACCUGGGACGAUCUUUUUGAUACAUUUCUACCAACUGCUAUAACAGUGCUUUUCAAUCUUAUUAUAAUCGUAAGAGUUAGUUGUUUAAAAAGACUUUCAGCCAAUACAGCAAGUAAAUGGAGGAAAAAUCGUCGAAUGAUUCUGCAGUUGACAGCAAUUUGUUGUUCACAACUUAUUGCUAGUUUACCUUAUUGUAUUGUUACUUUAGGCGAAACUUAUGGUUCAUCAACAUUUGCUUUAGAUAUUUAUACACAAGUAUUAAUUUAUACAUUCUACGUUCCAAGUCUUUUUUCACCUCUUUUUGUAAUGGUUACAUUGCCAAAAGAUAUAAGAGACAAAGUACCAGUUAUUUCGAAAUGUCGGAAGAAGAAACCAAAUACUCUUAGUGUUUUACGAAGAUUGUCAGCUGUCGAUGCUAAUCCUACAAUAAAAGAUCAGCUCCAAUCAAGAAAUACAAGUGUACCGAAUCGAACUCAAACUGCAUUUUCUAAGAUGCGCUCGCAUCGAACUGCACCCGAAACAAUUCUUGAAACACAAGCACAGAAGAAUAAUUAA